CUCCUGCAGCCGGGAGCAGCCUGCCUGCCUCCCCCGCUGCCUCCCUGAGGGCUCCCCUCUGGCCGCCAGCGCCCAUCUUUUUUUCUCCAGAGAUAUUUUGCGCACACACACAUACACACGCGCAAAAGGGAAAGGAGGGGGAAAAAAGCCCCCCCCCCCAGCCUCGUUGUAACGAGUAAGCCGGAGCAGCCGCAGCUAGAAACCCGCAGAGGACGCCUUGAGCAGCGAGCUGGUGGGCGGAUCGACCGACUGACCCGCGCCGCGUCCACCUGUCGGCCCGGGUCGGCCCAGCGCGCAGUGGGCGCGCCGCGCGCUCGGAGCAGCCGUGCCCGCCGCUUGGGCCCCGCGCCAGGGCGCACACGCUCCCGCCCCGCCACCCGGCCCGGGCGGGAGUUUGCACCUCUCCCUGCCCGGGCGCUUGGGCCACCGCUGCAAAGCCAACUUUGGAAAAAAGUUUUUUGGGGGAGACCUGGGCUUGGAGGUGCUCAGCCCUGAGCUUUCUGAUCUGGGAAGCCUUUCCAAAAAAUGUUGCAAAAAAGCUAAGCCAGCGGGCAGAGGAACACGCCUUUAGCAGGCGAGUGAAGACGAACCAUCGACUGUCGUGUUUCUUUUCCUCUCGGAGGUUGGAGUCCCCUGCGCGCCCCCACACGGCUAGACGCCUUGGCUGGUUCGCGACGCAGCCCCCCGGCCGUGGAUGCUCGCGUGGGCUCGGGAUCCGCCCAGGUAGCGGCCUCGGACCCUGGUCCCGUGUCCAGGUUCUCCCCAGCCCCCCAGCGACGGAGCCGGGGCCGGGGGCGGCGGCGCCCGGGGGCCAUGCGGGUGAGCCACGGCGGCGGCUGCAGCGGCCUGAGAGCCUGAUCGCGGCGGACCCGAGCGGAGCCCACCCUCCUCCCCAGCCCCCAACCCUGGCCGCGGGGGCGGCGCGCUCCGUCUACGCGUCCGGGGCCCCGCGGGGCCGGGCCCGGAGUCGGCAUGAAUCGCUGCUGGGCGCUCUUCCUGCCUCUCUGCUGCUACCUGCGUCUGGUCAGCGCCGAGGGGGACCCCAUUCCAGAGGAACUCUAUGAAAUGCUGAGUGACCGCUCCAUCCGCUCCUUUGAUGACCUCCAGCGCCUGCUGCAUGGAGACUCCGUAGAUGAAAAUGGGGCUGAGCUGGACCUGAACAUGACCCGAGCCCACUCUGGAGGCGAGCCAGAAAGCUCAUCUCGAGGGAGGAGGAGCCUAGGUUCCCUGGCAGCCGCAGAGCCCGCUGUAAUCGCCGAGUGCAAGACGCGCACAGAGGUGUUCCAGAUCUCGCGGAACCUCAUCGAUCGCACCAACGCCAAUUUCCUGGUGUGGCCGCCCUGCGUGGAGGUACAGCGCUGCUCUGGCUGCUGCAACAACCGCAACGUGCAGUGCCGGGCCUCGCAAGUGCAGAUGAGGCCAGUGCAGGUGAGAAAGAUUGAGAUUGUACGGAAGAAGCCAAUCUUCAAGAAGGCCACAGUGACCCUGGAGGACCACCUGGCCUGCAAGUGUGAGACAGUAGUGACCCCUCGGCCUGUGACUCGGAGCCCUGGGACAUCCCGGGAGCAGCGAGCCAAGAUGCCUCAAACUCGGGUGACUGUUCGGACGGUGCGAGUCCGCCGACCCCUCAAAGGGAAGCAUCGAAAAUUUAAGCACACACACGACAAGGAGGCACUGAAGGAGACCCUCGGGGCUUAGGGGCAUCGGCAAGCGUGUGGGCAGGGUUAUUUAAUAUGGUAUUUGCUGUAUCGCCCCCAUGGGGUCCUUGGAGUGAUAAUGUUGUUCCCCUCGUCCGUCUGUCUCGAUGCCUGAUUCGGACGGCCAAUGGUGCUUCCCUCAUCCCGCGUGCCCGGCCACCUCCACCAGCAACAGUCCUUCGGCUCGUCCUGCGACUCCAGAAGCAAACAAAGGACUCCAUUCCAUGCUGCUUCUUCCCUUGACCCCAAGAACGUGGGACAAGUGUGCGGGAGCCUCACGGGGGACUGUGGACUGGCCCCAGGAGCCUGGGAUUUGGUCUGAGAACCUCUGCAUGUCCUGCCUGGUUCCUGGACCCCUGGCCAGCCAGCAGGGAGCACUUUCAGGCAGGCUAGGGUCCCUUGUAGUCCUGUGGCCAGGACCACAUAGGGAGCACAGACUAGAGGAAACCUCUCAGCACCCGGAUCUGCCACUCAUCUCUCCCUGUCCCCUCAGCCCAUAGUGGCUUUUUAUUUUAUAAAUAUGAAAUCAAGAAAGAUAAUGAACUCCUCUGGGCAGGUGGCCACAUGCCUUCUCUGAUGGAUUGGAGAUGCAGUGUGCUUGUGACCUGGGCCACAUCCCCUGCCUCUUUCCACCUCCCUUGCAUCUCUUGUUUCAUUUCUCUACCUCCGCUCUGUGUCUUCUUCCUCAUGUACCCUUCAGUCGGCUCCACCAGGGGUGCUUGGGUCCUGAUUGAGGCUCUGAACGACCCUACCAUUUUCCCUUAGGGCAGGAGACCUGUCUGUCUUAUUCCUCUCCAGCCAAGACAGCCACGUAUGGUUGUGUGGGAUGUGUAUUGCACAUGGGCACUGCAUGUGGAGAAUUCUGUUCACACCCUAAACAUGGCCGAUUUGUCUAUUAUGACCUUCUGGCAGAUGUAGGUCAAGCCUCUGAGGAAAGGAGGCCGAGUUUUAAUUCACACUGACGCCCUAUGCAGACUGGCUGUGUGCGCGCUGACCCAGCCUGAAGCUCCGAAUGAGCCUCAGGUGCUGGGGGAGCAACACAGUCUUUGCCCAUUGCCUCCUUCAGCUGUUCCCUUCCUGGCAGGUGCGGGAUGCUAGGAGCUCCCUAAGGGAGGGGCCGCCCUGGCUGCCUGCCCUCUUCCCUGCGUGCACUUUGCCCCUCAGAUCUUUUGUGGUUUUACCUGAUGGCUUCUUCCAGGAAGCUAGCUGGUACACUGGAAGCGGGAGAGAGAGGGAGAGCCAUAGCGCCUUCAGGAGGACUGGGGUUGACGCACCCACUUCCCCCCCCCAACUUCCCCCUGCACUUUUCCCUCCCCCUCCCAGGUCCGCUUCCUUCAGUUUGUAAAGUUGGUGAUUAUAUUUUUGGGGGCUUUCUUUUUAUUUUUUAAAUGUAAAGUUUAUUUAUAUUCCAUAUUUAAAGUUGUAAAAAAAAAAAGCCACGAAACCAA